AUCUGACGUUUUCUUUGAAAUAAUAUUUUGACGUUUAUGUAUAAAAGUUUUAUUUAAAUACAAUAAAUAUGGCUCUUGCUGCAAUUCUACGGAGAUCUUCGAGAAAUGCAGUUUUUAGCAAUCUACUUAAAACAGCGUCAGUCAAAACGGAACCACAAAAAUAUUUCGUACAAUUUACCAAAAGUACCCAACCUACACAGUUAUUUCAAGCAUCUUGUAUGAAGCCAUCUUUUUACGAUUUUUCCAAAAGACACAUGAGUGGCCAUCAUGCUAAAAUUUGGCCUUUUGAAAAACUAGUAACUUUAUCUUUAGUAGGAUUAGUUCCAGCUACGUUUAUAAUGCCGAAUCCUAUUUUAGAUGACAUCUUUGCUGGAGUUAUGUGUCUGCACAUGCACUGGGGUUUAGAAGGAUGCUUAACUGAUUAUGUACGACCCAUUAUAUUAGGUCCACUAAUACCAAAACUGGCCCUGCUGCUACUCUACAUCGUGACUUUAUCUACACUAGCAAGUCUACUUAACUAUAAUCACAAUGAUAUAGGUAUCGGAGCCACUUUUCAAAAAUUUUGGCAAAUGGAAAUAGGGGAAUAAAAGGUUGUAAAGCUUCUUAUAUAAAAAUAAACUAAUUUGG